AUUUGGAUAUCAAAACAUCAGGGACUGGCUGCAUGAAGAUACAGAAAAUAGAGUGUGAUAACUGCAAAAUAGAAACGGAGAAGGGGACUAGUGUCCUGCAGUCAAUAAAGAGCCAUAAAAUCGAUAUACGAACAAAUGGUGGCAAAGUAAUUGGUCUUGGAACACUUUAUGGAAAUACAGAUAUUCGUGCAACAGAGAAGGGUAGUGUGAAUAUAGAGAAGCUGCAGGGGACAUCCAUCAACAUAUCUACUGAGGAUGGGCUGCUGAAAACUAAGUAUCUUUAUGCAGAAUCAUCAUCUCUGUCUUCAGUAGCUGGUGAUAUUCUGCUGGGAAGUAUUCAUGGUAACACCAGCCUUCAGACCAAAACAGGCAGUAUCACAGUAGAUUCAUCAGAUGGAAGUCUAAAAGCUUCUACACAUCAUGGGGCAAUAGAUGUUUAUGUCAGUCAAUUAAGAAAAGUGGAUCUGAAAUCCGAGAAAGGAUGUAUUACAGUCAAGGUGCCUGCCUCUCUCAAAGCCUAUUUACAGUUGUCUGGAAGAAAAGUGGAUGUGAGCUCAGAGAUCCAGUUAAAAGAAACACAGAGUGCCUAUGAAGAUGAUCACGUAACUAUAAGUGGUCACAUGAAUCAAAGGAAUGAAACAGACAAAUGGAUUAAGGCUGACACACAAAAUGGCAAAGUGUCUCUUAAAAGCCAAAGCUGGAUCCAGUCUGUCAAGCUGAAGAGUUCUUAAAGGUGAAAUAGGCCAAAGAGAUUAAAUCAAGAAAUAGGAAAGGGACAUUUCUGUAAAAUUACUGAAACUUUGUCGAUGUAUAUUCUUAAUAUAAGAGAGAAACUAUAUUAAAAAUGAGGGUGUUUUAACAGAAGAUUUGCCUAUCACAGUGUCUAGUGUUUAACAUGUCUGGUUUAUUUUUAGUGCCUUUUAGGAAUGACAAGAUCUUACAUACUCUGAAUUUGUAUAACUUGGCCCACUUACCAUGUCAGUUUAAAAGGUGGCAAUUUUCAAAUAGAGGUUUGGAGUCAUAAUUUAAAAAU